AGAGCAGUCAGCUCGGGGACGUCAGACAAUAAGCAGGAGUAGAGGACAACGAAGGGCGCACAUUGUGGCUUCUACCUGACAACAUGAAACUGAUAUUGUUGGUGGCAUGUGUGGCCAUCACUGUCGUCCAGGCCAAGGGUGACGUUGGCACUGACUGCAAGACUGCUGGAGGUGAGUGCCACAAGAAAGGUGUCAGCAAGUGCCUCGAAGUCUUGAGUGAUUACAAGUGUGAUGACAGAACCAUCUGCUGUCUCACAGGCAAAACACCGCUGAACAUCAAGACAAAAAAGGUCUUAAAAUCGGGAAGAAGAAGAAAGGUAAAGACUGAGAAAGGAGAUGAAGAAAGGAAGCUCAAAGCGAGACGUGGGAAGAAACAAAAUAAAGAGAGAAAGACUGUCAGAAAACAAGGAAACACAAUCAAGAAAACACUCGGGAAGAGACGAAGAAAAAAUAAAGCUUCCGAGAAAGAGCAGAUGAAGAAAAUUCCGAAGGAAAAACUAAAAUUCAAGAAAAUUUCCAAAAAAGGACAAAGUGAACGAAAGAGAAAUUCCCAAAAACUGAGAAAAUACAAGAAAAUGUCAAACAAUAAAAAAGACAAACGCAAAAACGAAGGUGGGAGAAAGGUCUGUAAAGGUAGAGCUAUGAGGGACAAGGGUGUGGAAGGUCUGAGAGUAGUGUGA